AUGACCGUCUCGACCAACUCAAGAAUCAUCAUCGUCGGUGCCGGCGCCUUCGGCACCUCAACAGCCUACCACCUCUCGCAACGAGGCUAUAAAUCAAUACGUGUCCUCGAUCGCCACGCAGCACCAUCCUGCGAAGCCGCAUCAACCGACAUCAGCAAAGUAAUUCGGAGCGACUACAAUGAACCUCUUUACUGCAAGAUGGGUAUUGAGUCGAUCGAAGCGUGGCGGGAUUGGGAUAUGUUUAAGGGGUUAUACCAUGUUCCAGGUUGGAUUUUGAGUGCUCGUUCUAUUGAGACGUCGAAGAAGCUUGGAGUGGAGGGCUUGGAGAUUUUGACACCACAACGGAUUAAAGAGAAGUUGCCGUUGGUGACAGGGAAACUGGAUGGGUGGAAUAUCAAUGUUUGGAAUCCGACGGCUGGAUGGGCAAAGUCCGGUGAGGCUUUGAGAAGGAUGCUGGAGGUGUCGGAGAGGAAUGGAGUUGAAUUUGUGAGUGGUAGUAAGGGAUAUGUGCGCAAGCUACGGUAUGCUUCUGAUGGGACAACGUGUCGUGCUGUAAUCACGCAAGACGGGACUGUUCAUGAAGCGGAUCUCGUCAUCCUGGCUGCCGGUGCUUGGAUGCCCAGUUUGAUUGAUCUCCAAGGUCAAUUAACAGCCAAGGGACACUCAGUGGCGCAUAUCCAGCUAACCCCGGCCGAAACGAAACAAUAUUCCACUUUACCGAUUCUCGAUAAUCUAGAACUAGGGUACUUCUUCCCACCUCAGGAAGAUGGGACCUUCAAAAUCGCUCACAGCCAGUUCAUUACAAACACCAAAACCGAUCCAGUAUCAGGAAUCACCACGUCCAUCCCGCAUACUUUUGUCGAAUCCCCCACAGAUGAUUUACCGCUUGAAAUUGAAGCUACAAUGCGCCGUAAUCUACGACAAGUGUUUCCCGAACUAGCUGAUCGACCAUUCUGCUACACUCGACUAUGUUGGGAUGCUGAUACAGCUGAUCGCCAUUUUCUUAUCACUCCUCACCCCACACAAAAGAAUCUAUUCAUUGCCACCGCUGGUUCAGCACAUGGAUUCAAGUUCUUACCAAUUAUCGGAAAGUAUAUUGCGGAUCAUAUCGAAGGAAAACUCGAUGCAGAUAUUGUACAUAACUGGCGCUGGAGGGUCGGAGAGGAUGUGAAUACGAAGAAUCUGGCGCAUUUGGACCCGGAGUUGGAGCUGUCGGAUCUGACAGGGUGGAAGGGGAGGAGAGAGCGUGAGGGGAGGUUGAAGGCAAAGUUCUAG